GCCGGGCCAGGGGGCGCCUCGCGCGGCAGCGGCUCGCCAGGGCAAUGCAGUGAGGCUGGAUCGGCAGGCGGGCGUGCGCGCGCGGAGCGGGGGCCGCCACCGCGCUGCAGAGAUGUGACUCCAGCGGAGGGCCAACUGGAGAGUCGGCGCUGCGGGGCCGCGGGGGUCGCACGGCGCCUGGCCCCCCGCCGUCUCUUGACGUUUCGUGGUGGUCUCCUAUUUUUGAGGAGGUUAGAGGUGGUGCAGAAUCUCACAUUUAAAGAAUACAAAGAGUGUCCAGGGAAGAACGUUCCUGGUGCCAGAGAGAAAGAUGAGAACCCACCAGGUACUCGCCCUCCUCCUGCUCGUGGCGAUCCCCUCCGCGGCCUCUGAGAACUCCAGCACGUCCCGGGGCUGCGGGCUGGACCUCCUCCCUCAGUACGUGUCCCUGUGCGACCUGGACGCCAUCUGGGGCAUCGUGGUGGAGGCGGUGGCCGGGGCGGGCGCCCUGAUCACACUGCUCCUGAUGCUCAUCCUCCUGGUGAGGCUGCCCUUCAUCAAGGACGUGGAGAAAAGGAGGCCCGUGUGCCUCUGCUUCCUCUUCCUCCUGGGGACCCUGGGCCUCUUUGGACUGACCUUCGCCUUCAUCAUCCGGAUGGACGAGACCAUCUGCUCCAUGCGCCGCUUCCUCUGGGGGGUCCUCUUUGCGCUGUGCUUCUCCUGCCUGCUGUGCCAGACGUGGCGCAUCCGGAGGCUGGUGCGCCAGGGCACGAGCCCGCCAGGCUGGCAGCUGGUGGGCCUGGCGCUGUGCCUGAUGCUGGUGCAGGUCAUCAUCGCCACUGAGUGGCUGGGUCUGACGGUGCUGCGAGACUCGAAGCCAGCCUGCGCCUACGAGCCCAUGGACUUCGUGAUGGCCCUCAUCUACGACAUGGUCCUGCUCGUGGUCACCCUGGCCCAGGCCUUCUUCACGCUGUGUGGCAAGUUCCUCAGGUGGAAGCUGAACGGGGUCUUCGUCCUCAUCACAUCCUUCCUGUCGGUGCUCAUCUGGGUGACCUGGAUAACCAUGUACCUCUUCGGCAACGCCAUGAUAGAGCACGCGGACAGCUGGAGUGACCCCACCCUGGCCAUCGCGCUGGCGGCCAACGGCUGGGUCUUCAUCGUCUUCCACGCCAUCCCCGAGAUCCACUGCACCCUUCUCCCUCCCCUGCAGGAAAACCCACCCAACUACUUUGACACGUCUCAGCCCAGAAUGCGGGAGACGGCGUUCGAGGAGGACGUGCACCUGUCGCGGACCUACAUGGAGAACAAGGCCUUCUCCAUGGACGAGCACAAUGCAGCUCUCCGGACAGCGGGCUUUUCCAAUGGCAGCCUAGGGAAAAGAUCCCCCGGCAGCCUGGGGAAGAGACCCACCGGCAGCCUGGGGAAGAGACCCAGCGCACCCUUCAGAAGCAACGUGUACCAGCCAACCGAGAUGGCCGUUGUGCUCAAUGGUGGCACCAAGCAGGUCCGCUCUCUGAUGCCAAACAGACCCGCAGCAGAAUCGCCACCUUUCCAUUCGCCUCGUGGAAUGACAUCGCUGUUUCUCCACAAUCCAAAGACCUGCUCUCAUCCCCAUGUUUAAUUUCCAGACAUAGCUACAUGCUUCUCAGAAAUGACGCUGAGCCAGUUUACUUGUGUAAA